CCUGCCCCUCUGAUGAGACAGACACCAAACGGCUAGCUGUUUCGAAAAUGAAACUGGCUCGUGUAUGAGUUCCGAUUUCGAGAGGCGGCCGAAGGAGAAAAAAAACGAAAACAAAACUGGUAUUAGAUUAAAAAAAAAAAUCUCCCGAUAAACCCGAGACCUUUAAACCUGACACGGCGGAGGCGGAAGGACCUGACGCUGGUGAUGUUGAGUCAAUACCAGAGCCGGAGAGGACGUGCUGUACUGCAAUGGAGUCUGUAGCAGUGGGCUCCGCUACUUGGUGAGACUGAAGCUGGUCACGAUGGCGCACUUUGACACAGAGUACCAGCGCCUGGAGGCGUCCUACAGCGACUCUCCGCCUGGAGAAGAGAACCUGCUGAUGCAUGUGCCUGAGGGAGCCAAAUCCCAAUGGCACCAUAUAGAAAACCUGGACCUGUUUUUCCAGAGAGUCUAUAAUCUGCACCAGAAGAAUGGAUUCACCUGUAUGCUGCUGGGGGAGAUCUUUGAGCUGGUUCAAUUGCUGUUUGUGGUUGGCUUCACAGUCUUCCUAGCUAACUGUGUGGACUACGACAUACUCUUUGCCAACAAGUUUGUAAAUCACACUGAUUCAUCCAAAGUCACCUUGCCUGAUGCCUUCCUCCCAGUGGAUGUCUGCAGUGCCCGUAUCCGAGAAAAUGCGUUUGUGAUCUUCGUGUUAAUAAUCUCCGGGGUGUUUUGGCUACAUCGCCUGGUCAAAUUCAUCUACAACGUCUGCUGCUACUGGGAGAUACGAUCCUUCUACAUCAAUGCACUCAAGAUGACCAUGUCAGAACUUCCCUAUGCAACAUGGCAGGAGGUUCAGGCCAGGAUAGUGGAGAUCCAGAAGGAGCACCAGAUCUGCAUCCAUAAAAAAGAGCUGACGGAGCUGGACAUUUACCACCGCAUCCUCCGCUUUAAAAACUACAUGGUUGCCAUGGUGAAUAAAUCACUCCUUCCUGUGCGAUUUCGACUUCCCGGACUUGGGGAGUCAGUGUUCUACACCCGGGGUCUCAAAUACAACUUUGAGCUCAUCUUCUUUUGGGGGCCAGGCUCUCUGUUUGAGAACGAGUGGAGCCUGAAAUCAGAGUACAAGAGAGGAGGUAAUAGGCUUGAGCUGGCAGACAAGUUAGCGUCCCGUAUCCUGUGGAUUGGGAUUGCCAAUCUGCUGCUGUGUCCAGUCAUUCUGGUGUGGCAGAUUCUCUACGCCUUCUUUAGUUAUACAGAGGUGAUCAAGCGAGAGCCUGGUUCUCUGGGAGCGAGAUGCUGGUCUCUGUAUGGUCGAUGUUACCUGCGGCACUUUAAUGAGUUGGACCAUGAGCUCAUGUCCCGCCUCAGCAAAGGAUACAAGCCUGCAUCCAAGUAUAUGAACUGUUUCCUCUCACCACUGCUGACGGUGGUUGCCAAAAAUGUAGCCUUUUUUGCCGGUUCUCUUCUGGCCGUCCUCAUCGCCCUGACCAUCUAUGAUGAGGAUGUUCUCUCAGUGGAACAUGUUCUCUCAUCGAUCACACUGCUCGGAGUGUGUAUCACAGUCUGCAGAUCAUUUAUCCCAGAUAAGCACAUGGUGUUUUGUCCUGAGCAGCUGUUGAGGGUUAUCCUGGCUCAUAUCCACUACAUGCCUGACCACUGGCAGGGCAAUGCACAUAGAUAUGAGACUCGUGACCAGUUCUCCCAGCUCUUCCAGUACAAAGCAGUGUUUAUUCUAGAGGAGCUAAUAAGUCCAGUGGUGACUCCCAUCAUCCUAAUCUUCUGUCUGAGGAGGAAGUCUCUGGAGAUCAUUGAUUUCUUCAGGAACUUUACUGUUGAGGUGAUCGGGGUAGGAGACACAUGUUCCUUUGCCCAGAUGGACAUCAGGCAGCAUGGACACCCUGCGUGGAUGUCAGCGGGAAAGACUGAGGCGUCUAUCUACCAACAGGCAGAGGAUGGGAAGACAGAAUUGUCUCUGAUGCACUUUGCCAUCACCAACCCCCAGUGGCAGCCUCCCCAGGAGACCACACAUUUCAUCAGCCAGUUGAAAGAGCGAGUUCACAGAGAGGCUACUUCUGACACACAUCCACUCUCACUGUCCGAGUCAGAGCCAAGGAGCCUCAUUGCAAACCUUUUGGUGGGUCCCUCCACACUGACCUCCAUUCAUUUCGGCGGAGAUAGCUCUUUGACCAAUCAUGCAGCAGCUGGCUCAAGUGAUGGGGCAUCUGCCUUACGCUCCCUCUCCCCAAUCAGCAGUAGUCUUCACCUGAGAGGCAGCUUAAGUGCAGCUCACAGGGCUCCGGGCCACACAUCGACCAUGAGCAAAGCUAUGGCUGGCUCGGGGACGGAUGCCCGGACCGUGAGCUCAGGCAGCAGUGUAUGGGAGGGUCAACUCACCAGUUUGGUCCUCUCAGAGUACGCCUCCACUGAGAUGAGCAUCCAUGCACUUUACAUGCACGAGCUACACAAGCAGCAGUCCCGUGGCGAGCUAUCCCGCCACACAUGGCACAGGCAGGACAGCGACGAAAGCAGUGACAGCAUCCCUGAUGAAGUGAGGAGCGAACCCAACCCUCACUCCAGACAUUUCCCUCGCUCGCACACUUUCCCCACCACAGUUCCCAGUCCCAGUGCCAUUCCCACUUCAGCUUCUGCCAUCAGCGGUACCACCUUUGGCCAGGAGGGGGCAUCAUCACACAGCAGCAGCCAGCAGCGAUAUAGUGGAUCCACCACUGACUCUUUCAGUGCAGGGGGUCAAGUAGUGAGGUCAGCCCGUGGCGUGCCCAUGGGAGGGUGGGCAGAGGAUGGUCAGGCAGCACCACGACACCAUGACACACUACCAGAGGAGAGCUCAGAGGAUGAUAUGCCUCCUCACAUACACAAGAUUACAUAACCAAGCUAUUUGAAUAAGUAUCAGCGUCCCACAACUCUACAGAUAUCCAGACACACAUCCUCGAACCUUCACCAAAACCUUUUUCCACGACUUCCCAUCGGAUCUGACACAGAUGGAGAUGGACAUGCGCAAGAGCGGCGUACCAUGAUACCUACAAACACUUAACCAGUGAAAUCACCUGGUCAAGUUACGACUGAUGCCACCUUGAACCAUUCAAAGAUACUAUAUGACUUUCUACAUGCCAAAACAGGCAAACAGGGUAAAUAUCUGAAUUGUGGAUCAGAAGAGGACCAACAGGAUCAAGUUAUUUCUAAUAGCCAUUGAUGCCAUCAGAUUACGCAAGGCUCUUUUAUAAUGUCAAAAGAUUACAUAAUGAAAGUGCAUGUAUUACUGGGAUGUAAACAGUACUAGGCCACUGUAGAAAAAUACGUACCAAUUUACUCACAAUGUGAUCAUAAUAAUCCUAAUUGUGCUAUCUGUAUUUUUCCCUCUUUUACAAAUCAGAUGAUAUGAAAGUGAAAUUUGAAGAAUGUAUGGUGUUUCUCUAACAAUAACAGCAUGCAACACAGUAUUGUGUUCCCAGCAUACAAUGCUGGGAACACAAUGACUUUCAUGGUGUGAAUCUGUUAUUGUACCAGCAGCAGGAAGCUAUGUAUCCUACCCAGUGCUCUCAAAACAUAUGAAGGCCUCUAAUAGUAUGAAAAUCACCUGAUUUACAUUUUGUAAUACGAUUUUAACCCUGAUAGAUUUUUUGGGAUUUCUUUCUGCAUGUAUUGCAUAACACAGUUCAUGUGAAUUCAGAGUCUGGCUCAUUUUGCACAGAUAUUUACAGACACUGUGCACUGUGUAAAUAAAUAUUAUUAGGUUAUGUCAUGCAACAAUCAUUCAACUUAAUUAAUUGUACACAAUUAAAAUGCCAACAUGUUGUGAUGUGUAGCCAGAUAUGCUGUAUGCAAACACUUUCUGAUCUGAUUUAACCCAGUUUGUUAUUGUUUGCCAUCAUUAAUUUUCAACAGACUUGUGACAGGGCGCAGCAAAAAUACAAGACUAUUGUUAAGCAUGUAUAUUGACUUCUGUGCCAUACAAAAUACCCUCAAGCACAAGUGCAUGACCAUCAUAAACACAUUCUUCUAAAAAGUUGGAACUCCUCCGACAAGAAGAAUGACCAUCCUCCAUGUUAAUUCACAGCAUGACUUUCCCCUGGUCUCCUGCCAUUCAGCCGCAAUUCUUGAAAAGAAGAGAUAUGCACUUUAAUAAUCUGUUAAUGGAGAGGGUGUCACUUAACUUGGAUUAUUUGUAUGUGUAUGUUUUUUUUAUGUAUGUAUAUUUGAAUUAUUUUAUUUAUCAAAGGGAUGUGCCAUAAUGAUAGACCGUUGUGAAUAAAGGUUUGGUUUUCUGUUGUGCACUUGGGUGGGGAUAAAGAAGCACUGUCACACUGCUACCUUAAUAUGGCCACAGGGAGGGACACAUUGCUUCAGUGCUGUACUGUUACAUUCAUGAUUGUGCUUUUUUUUUGGUAACACAUCUUGUCAAUACAAUUUUGUACAGCUGUAAAUUCCUCCAUUAAAGACAAGGCAAUGGUG